AUGUCUUUAGCGGAGGCAAAGGAUCAGCGCAAACAGGCUGAACUUGACGUACAACUCUUAGCCAACCGCAUAGCCCUCCUUCGGCUAGAAGAUGCGAAGGCCAAGAAAAAGGUUGAGCAGCUAAUCAGAAAAACUCACGCACUGGACGAAAUCCGCCAGCGAGAGAAGAAACGCCACGAAAUGCGCCAGAAACAACAAGCGGAGAGAGCACAGCAGGUCUUGGAAGUGCAACAGGCGUAUGCAGCCCAACGUGAGCGUGACAAGAAGGCCAGAGACGAGGCCAGAAAACGGCAGGAAGAAGCCAAAAGACAAGACGUGCUGCGAGUGAAGCGCGAGCAUGCACUAGCAGCCGAACAGAGACGUCACUACGAUGAGGAGCAGCACGAAUACAACAUUCAGCGGUCCCAACAAGUCCGUAGAGAGCAAAAGAAGUUCCGCGAGAGGCGCCAGCUUGAACAGCAAAGACGUAUCGAGGAGACUCACUCUAACUACGACGCCAGAGUAGCCGAAGAAGAAAGAAAGAUGCAGGAAUUUACCGCACAGGUCGCCAAACUGGAACGUGAAGAGAUGGAAUUGAUUGCUAGGCUCCAGAAGACCCAUGCGCAACAGCGUACUGUGUGUCAAGAACUCGAUGCUGCUUUAAAUGCGAGCCCGCGCCCAUGUGCCAGCCACGACAGAGUCAGCUUGUCAUGCAGCAACAACCCAUGA